AUGGAUGAUGGAUUUUACAUUUGGGAUGCAAAGAAGCGUAUAGAAAAAUUCUCCCCUAAUUUAUUAAUUUCACUCAAUACUGUUUUUUACUCGUUCAACGAAUUUAUAGAUUUCUUUGAACAAUCAGAAAUUUUAAUGAAAAAUUUUACUGAAGCAAAAGAGAUAAAUAAAUCUUUUACUCUGGAUUUAAAAGCAAAGGACAGUGAAGUUUAUUGCAUGUGUUAUGGUCGUAGCAUAAUAGAUAAUUCUAACAAUGUAAUAGGUGCAUUAUUUUGGAUAAGGAAUGUUUCAGACUAUAGGAUAAGGGCUAAUGAACUUGAGUUAGAAAACAGAAAGUUUGUGCAAGAAGUAGAAAAUUACAAGAAUAUUUUCGAUUCUUUGCCUUAUCCAAUACUCAAAUAUAAUAAACAUCGAAAGGUGAAAUUUUAUAACUCGUUUUAUGAUAAAUACAUAAAUAGUUCACAGAGAUUAGCCAUUACCCGUAAUGUUUAUAAUACAAAACCAGAGAAGCAUGUUAUAACAUGUAAGAGUGAACGUAAAAUUUUUGCUUUUGCGAAAGCUUCAAUACAAAACUCAGAUGAGGUAGUUGUAUAUGGGCAGGACGUUAGCUAUGCAGAGAAAUUACAUACUGAGUUGAAUGAUUAUUUAGCCACACAAAAAAACUUACUUGAAGCGUUGCCAGUUGCUAUUGCAAUAUAUAGUAAAAAUCAGAAGCUCACAUUUUAUAAUAAUGCUUUCACCAAGGCAUUUCAGUUUGACUUAGAUUUCUUGGCAUCUCAUCCAACUUAUCAUGAAGUUAUGCUCUACCUCUUUGAGUCCAAAAAACUUUUAAAAAAAGAGGAUUUUCAAGAUAUAAGCAAACAAAGAUAUACUUUAUUUAAGGAGUUGAUAGGAUCGUAUAACAAUGUGCUGCACUUGACAAAUGGAAAAGUACUUAGAGUUUUUACUAUACCUUACGCUACAGAAGGUUUGCUUUUCUCAUAUGAAGAAAGUAAAAAACUAUAG